ACGAAAAUUUAAUCAAGCUGAAAGAAACUCAUCCACAACUACAUGAAAGUAUGGAAAAAGGUCAUUUUGGCAUCCAAAGAACGGAUAAGUCCUUUUCUAGGCAACCAAUUGAUUUGACGCUGGAACAGACAAUCAACGCAGAUGCUGGAAGGAGAUUAACGGGUGUAAUUCAUUUCACAAAUUCUAUUUCUGCUCGUCAGCGUUGGUGCAAAAGCCAUGAGAUUCGAUCAACGAUAAUAUCUCAUACCUACAACAUUACUGGAUUACGAAAACAAACAGAUGUAACAGCAGAUUUGGAAAAUUAUAAUAUUAGAAGAGACUCGAAACACCUUCAAUCGUUUAUUGAUGCUUUCUCAAAGUUUGUAAACCCUUUUGAUGCAAGCAUCGACCAACUGCAUCUCUUCAAUAUUUCCAACGGAAAAGCAGCUACACAAGCAGUGCAAGAUUAUUUAAAUAAAAUUGAAGUGGAUGGUCAAAAAUUACGGGAACAAUUUAUUACAGAAUGCACUGAUUCACCUGAUAGGUUCGAAAAACCUAUUCCAAAAGUAAAAAUAAUGAAUUUUUCAAAUGAAAUUGUUAAAAAGACUUUCAAAAGUGGUAAUAAAGUUCAAGAAAUAAAAAUGCAACGUGACUUGUUUGGUAGACUGCUGGGUUUAUCUUUGGACUACAAGAUUGACAUGGAAAAAAUUUUGUGUUAUCCAGUAACCCCUCUUCCGAUGUCAAUGUGCCGUGUCGAUGGAAGUUUAUAUCAAACCGAUAAAUCUGCAAUUGUUAAAUGCUUUGAAAAACAACAAAAAUGCACCGAUGCACCAAGAACCUUAGAUGUAGUUAUCGUUGAUGGAUUUUUUUUGUUGCAUACAAUGCACGAUAUACCUGCAACAUUUGGCGGUAUUUCAAAAAAAAUAAUGAGCAUCUUGACAGCAUUUAAAGCUCCACGGGUAGAUAUUGUUUUCGAUCAAUAUUUCUCUCCAUCUAUAAAAGAUUAUGAACGGAUGCGAAGAAAUGAGCAGAGAACAAUUGAUUUCAAUAUCAUUGGUCCCAGCCAAACUAGACCAACAGACUUUAUGAAAGAAUUGAAAAAUAUUAAAUUUAAAGAGAGUUUUGUCCAGUUUUUAAUUGAUUAUUGGGCUACAGAUGAAAUGGCAACAUUUAUUGGUAACACAUUAAUAAAGUUGAAUUAUGAUUCGUGUUAUUCAUAUAUUGUGAAAAAUAAUGUUGUUGAAAUGACUAUUGAUGAGAAUCUGGCCUGUAAUAAUCACGAAGAAGCUGAUACUAAGAUAAUCCACCAUGUGUGUAAGCUCGAUACAUAUAGAAAGACGAACGUUCUUCUUAAAAGUUCGGAUACAGACGUACUGAUAAUCAUGCUAGGAAAUAUGGAUCAUCUUCAAAGCGAUGACCUUAACAUUUUUAUGGAGUAUGGCACUGGGAAGUCUGGCAAAAGGUACAUCAAUGUAACAAAAUUAUACAUGGAAUUAGGGCCAUCUUUAUGUGCAAGUUUACCUGGUUUUCAUGCAUUAACAGGAUGCGAUUAUAAUCCAUCAUUUUUCCAAAAAGGAAAAAUAAGGCCAUAUAAAAUAUUGAUAAAAAAUCAAAAUUAUCAAAAAGCUUUAACAGAUCUUGGAGUUGCACAUAUUACCGGAUCACGUGAAGAAAUUUUGCCAAUUUUGGAAGCAUUUAUUUGUGAAAUUUAUGGAUAUAAAAAUAUAUCAAAUAUAAAUGCAGCACGGUUUCAAAAAUUUUGUGUAACUUACAAAGCUAACACUGAAGAUGAACCUUUCAAAAAAACUUUAAAAAAUUGUGAUCCCUCUACUUUACCUCCGUGCAAAGCUGAAUUACAACAACAUCUUUUAAGAACGCAAUAUAUAACGAGUAUUUGGAGAAAUGCAUAUUUGCGAUUCCCCAGCAGUUUGACACCGAAUAGAAACGGAUGGACACUUCAUGAGGAUACGCUACAUUUCCACUGGUUCGACGGAGAUUGUAUGCCGCAAUCAGUAUUCGACGCUAUUGUUCAUGAAAACAAUAAACAAAAUAAUAUUGAAAAUGAUACUACAGGUGCGUAUAUAUAGUUUUUUUUUAUAACUGCUGUAUUUUAAUUACUAUGAUUUAUUUAAUCAAUCCAUAUAUAUUACUUUUCGCAGAUAAUGCAGGGGUAUCCGAAUUAGACACAGAUGAAUCUGAAGUUGAUUCUGAUAGCUCUGAUGAAGGAGCAUCUACAGAAGAAGAAUGACAAUUUCUUUCUGAUAUGACAGGGAAUUAAUUACAUUGAUAUUUGUAUACUCAUAAUAAUUCUGCAGCUGUAUUAUUAGUAUAUAAUUUUUCUAUUUCAAUAAAUCUGAUUUUGUAAUUUUAUAUUUUUGUAAUCAUUACUUUAUAAGAUCACCUGGCAGGUAGAAAGUCCCACCGAAAUGAUCUGUCUUUUUGAGAGUCUUAUUUUUUAGUUAUAAAUAAUACUCUAUUAAAAUUUCAAGUUGCCUCAAAUACAUUUUUUAUAUUUUUUUGCAAAAUAUUUUUGAACGCGCCUGGCAAUGUUAAAACCCCGACUGAAUCGUCUGGCUUAUUUUUUUUUAUAUUCUAUAAAUAUUAAACUACAACAUAUAAAAAUUGCAAAUUGCCUCAAGUAUAUUUUUGGAUAAAAAAAAAAAAUAUUUUUAAAAAUUUGGGGGUUGAUUUAGCCCCGCUACUCACCAGCCAGGUCUGCAGUUUCG